AUGGAAGUAACUAGUAUUAAUAACCCACUAGAUAAAAGACAAGCACCAUCUACUACAUCUACUAGUGGUAGCGUAUGUCAAUUAGUACUCUGGGGUUUACAUCCAGUUGGACAAUUACUAUGUUGUGAGGAUAAUCAACCCUGUUUGGCUAAUUCCCCCGUUUGUUCCUCCACUAAUAAAAUGGCUCAUUGUUGGUUUAUUAGUCAAUUAGAUGCUUGUAAGCGUAAUGAUGCUUUAUCUAAGACAGUUUGUCAAUAUCAGGAUGGUGUCUAUUGUCUCAAGGGAGUAACCGACCAUCCAUACGAUAAUAGCAGUCUAAGCAAUUGGAAUGUAAUUGACGUGAUCCUAAGUCGCAAUACUGCAGUUUCUUCAGUCAAUGGUUAUGUCAGUAAGUAUCCUCCUCCUCCUCCACCACCAGCACCAGCACCAGCACCAGCAGCUCCAGCUCCCGGUAAAGCUCCUGAUGGCAAAGCUCCUGCGCCCCCGGCGGGUGCUGCGCCUGCGGAUGGUAAAGCUCCUGCGCCCCCAGCGGGUGCUGCGCCUGCGGAUGGUAAAGCUCCUGGUAAAGCUCUGGCAGUCAGAGCACUCACAAUUCAAAAUCCUAAAUCUAUAAUCUGUUCGGAUUCUAUGACUUCGGGAAUCUGUCAAAUUCAAGAUGAUGCUGGAUAUGAAUCUUUUAGCUACGAUGUAGAAAUAUGCGAUAAUUCAGUUGACAUUAUAAAUUCUCUCCCGAAAAUUUCUAAUGCUACUACUACAGUUACACAAAUUCUUAUAACUACGGUUACAGCAAAACCUAGUACAAACUUUUCCAAUCACUUAGAGGCGGGAGGGUUAUAUUCUCUAAUACUUAUAGUGUUUCUAAUUUCUAGUUUAGGAAACAUAAUUAGUGCAAAAAAAUUUGGAUUAUAA